CCAGUCUUUACAUCAAUUUUUUUUCUUUCCCUAUUCUAUUCAUUUUUUUCGAAAUUGGCCAUUCUUAGAAUUCACAAACGCUGCAUCUUAAAUGCGCAUAAAAUUGGAGAAAAUUUUAUAACGGCCUAGCCCUCCACCAUUAAUCUCCGUUAUAAAUUCUGCUUCCACGGAGCCGUUGCCGUUACUUCGAAAGCCUUAGAGAGAAACUUGUUUUCAGGACCUUCAAAAUCUGGCUUUGUUUGAUUUUUGAACGUUCUUUGGCCUUCAGGGGGCUGGUUAUCAAACGACACGUGUCAUUUCAUGGGCUGCGCCACCUCAAAACUCGACCAGCUGCCGGCGGUCUCUCUGUGCCACGACCGCUGCAGCUUCCUCGAGGACGCUCUCCAGCAAAGCUACGCCCUUGCCGAUGAACACAUGGCAUACAUGCAGUCGCUCAAGACUCUGGGCCUCACUCUCCACCAUUUCUUCGAUCAAAGUCUCAAAUCUAUGUCCGGUGAUGACUGCGCCGUCUCCACCGAGAAACCGCCGAAACAAUCUUCUCCCUUGUCCUCGCCGGAUCAUUCUCUUUCGAGUUCAAACUCAGAUUCGCACAUUCAGUUCGAAACUGAUUCGGAAGAGGAAGCGACAGGCAAAGAUUUUAGAUCUUUUAACCAAAUCCAUCCAAAUGAUUUUAAUCACGGAAUCCUAACAUCAUAUUCUUUGCCUGAUCGUAAUUAUCGACACCAGAACUUCGAAUUCAAUGGUUCAGGUUGGAAAACACCUCCACCUCCGGCUCCGGGCAGCGGGGCUUGGGAUUACUUGAACUUUUUUGAUGAAAUUUACGAGAGAUACGAGUUACCUUAUUCUACGAGCAAAACAGUAAAGAAUAAAGAAGAAGCUCAUGGUCUUGAAGCCCAACAACUAGUAAAGCAAAUUCAUGGAGAUGAAAAAACUAGUGCAAAUUGUAAAAAAGAAAAAAGAGAAGAAAAUUCGAGCGGAGAAGCUGUUCCAGUGAAGAAUGGUGAUGCAGAGAAUAAGAAGAAAGUAGAUCCAGAGAUGGAGAAGGUUCAAAAGAGGACUGAUUUAAAUAAACCCAAGAAUCAAAGCGGCAAAGAAAGUGUUUCUGAGAUAACGAAAGAAUUACAAGUCCUAUUUGAAAAAGCUUCGGAGUCCGGCAAUGAAGUUUUGAAAAUCCUUGACACUGGAAAUUUUCGUUAUCAUCGUUCGACGAAGAGGUUUCAUGUGAUUACUUCAAAUUCAUUGGAAACAGUGUCCUUACCGUCCAAAGAGAAGAUUAGUUCUGUGGAUAAUGAUGAGAUUGUGAGUUCACAGAAUCUGUCUUCUACUCUCAGGAAACUGUGCGUGUGGGAGAAGAAGCUCUACGAUGAAGUCAAGGCUGAGGAGAAGCUGCGUAUAAUUCAUGCAAAGAAGUGUAGGCAGAUGAAAAGCUUGGAUCAGAAGGGUGCUGAUGCUCGCAGAGUUGACUCCAAGCGAACUUUAAUUAGGGCCUUAUCUACUAAGAUGAGAGUUGCAAUUGAAGUUAUUGACAAGAUAGCGAUUACUAUAAAUAGGCUGAUGGACGAAGAGUUGUGGCCACAGAUCAGUGAACUGAUUCACAGAUUAUUUGAAAUGUGGAAGGUAAUGCUAGAAUGCCAUAGCUGUCAGUCUCAAAAGGUUAUGGAAGCCAAAUGUUUGGAUGUUAUUGCUCUGAAUGGAAGGCUUAAUGAUGCUCAUUUUGAGGUGGCAAUAAAACUAAAGUUUGAGCUUCAAAACUGGAGCCAUAGCUUCUCUAGGUGGAUUGCAGCCCAGAGGGGUUAUGUCAAAUCGUUGAAUGGUUGGCUACGAAGAUGUCUCCUAUAUGAACCCGAGGAAACAGGAAAUGGUGUAUCGCCUUUCUCUCAUGGUAGAUGCGGAGCACCCCCCAUAUUUGUGAUCAUUUACCGGUGGUUGGAAGCCAUGGAUAGACUGUCGGAUAAGGAAUUGUUUGAAGCGGUGCAUGGACUUUCAAUGAGCAUAAACCAAGUGCUGGAACAGCAUAAUGCAGAUCUGCAACAAAGGAUUAUUGCUGAUAAGGAUAUGGAAAGAAAAGUAAAGAUCUUGGAAAAGGAGGAGCAAAAGAUGCAAAAAAUGAUGCAAGCUCGAGUGAAAAAGAUGACCCUGCAGGCAAAGGAAGAAAGUUCUGUCCUUCUACCUAGAGAUACCACAGGUCGUAGUGAUAUUAGGGAUGCUACUAGUUUUCAAUACGAUCUAAAGCAGAUUUUCUCGGCAAUGGAGAAGCUUGCUAUCCUUUCGAGGCAAGCUUAUGAGGAGCUUCAUGAAUGCAUUGAAGAGGGCAUGGCCAUUCAAGAUAACCCCGAAUGUCCUUAUCAUGGUUAAGGUAUAGGGCCGGCUUCUAAAUUGCUUAGUUAUGCAGCUUUAAUUAUUAUUAGUUGAAAGAAGUCAAUUCAUUUUCGGUUUUGCCUGGGGAUAACUAUGGUAAAUUUCCUUGUGAUGACAUCUCACUUCUGUACAAUCUAUGUCUGGUUGAUUUAAACCUGGUUGAGCCUAAUGGUUCUGAAUGCUCAGGAUACUUGGCUAUUGCCUUCCCUUGCUGAAAGUCAACGAAUUGAAUUGGAAAAGUCAUGGUCCGUAGGCAUCUUCCCCCAAUCUGUCUUUCUGAAUUUGGGUUUAGCAAGAUAUGAUAAAAGCAUCCUUAUGGUCAUAAGCUGCAGGUUUAUCGUUUCAAAGCUGCCAAGGGUCCAAGCUGCUGAAAGAACCAAAUUUGGCACUGUUAUAUAUAGUUUUAAGUGUCGUAUUCAUAUAUAUAGGGUGCUAAUUCCUCGUAUAUGCUUGAUUGUAUUUUAUCUCGGAAUUUACCAAAGUGCUUUGGCGUGGUAGCGAUUUUUGACAUCAGCUGCACUGUCUGCUUGCCAGCAUAAUAUUAAUUUUAUUAUUCUUUAAUGCAUUAGUUUUCGGCCUUCAUUGUUUAAAUAAGCUGGUUCAGCAAUUAGAUGAUUAGAGUUGAACUGUUGCAGGGAGGUUGGUAGUUUGGUACUUCAUCGAAGUCAAAUUUCCAGUCAUAACACUGAAAAGAAAUUCCCCCGCCUGCCAGGUGAGGUUUCAAAACAUUUUUCAGAUUAGUAUUGACGAAUUGAAACUGAAUACAUAUAAAUACUUGAGUUUGCUUAUAAUUGAAAAGUGGUGGAAAGGAAAGGGCAAGCGUUUUCAAUCCAUGCAUGCGGUUUAUGAUUAUGCAUAUCCUACCUUAGGAAAUAUCCAAGCUAAGCUACAUGAUGUGGCCGAAAAGGAAAGAGGAAAUAGAGUUAAUCAAAUUGCAACCAGGAAAGUUGAUAGGGAUUGAGACCCAUACAUUUUGACUUUGCUUAA